UUAAUUUAAGUUAUCGGUUUGCUUUUUGUAAAAAAAAGAAAAAAUUAAAAAAAUACACAGCUAACUCAAGACCAAUGCAAUCGUUCAAAUUAAAAGUAAGCCACCAACUGCUGAGUCUUAUCAUCGAGUCGACAAAAUGAGUGAAACCAAGAAGCUACUCGAUGCAUUGCUGUGCGACAUUUACGGCCGGCAGGAACAGUUGGCCAAGCGAAUGAGGCGCUGCUGUAGGGAUCCUGCCUUCCCACGCCGAUCCCCGAAGCAGAAGAAAGGACAAUUGGCUCAGCUGGCCAGCGGAAUGGUGGGAAAUCGAUCCACCCUGGAGCGCUUGGAUGUGCGCAAGCUCAUCGAUGUUUGUGCCAUCCUGAAGGUUGAGAUCCUCAUGCUCGGCUAUCUUUUGGAGAGGGUCCUAGUGGCCAGGGAUCGCCUGCAAAGACAUCAGGAGGUUCUUUGCGAGUUCGUCACCGCCGUGCUCGUCGUGGAAAGUGACGAUGCACAGCCUAAAAUGCGUUUUAGCCUCUCACCACCGCCACAGAAAGCCAUUAGCAGUGCCCGCCUAACCUCGCCCACUAAAAACAGCACCACCACCAGCUGCUCCACCACCCCCGGCAGCAACGAUAGAAGCCCCAUUAGCAGCAGCACCACCACUAUGCUGGCCCGCAAUGGCGGAGGCCACGGUACCAGCCCCACCGCCUCCGGAUCUGCCGACGAUGAAGCCACCUCGGACUACAACCAGUGGCUGCAUGCGAUGAAACUGGUGGCCCGACUGCCCGGAGGCACUCCACCCGAGUUCCGACGCAAGUUGUGGCUCUCGCUGGCGGACAAGUACCUCAAGUCGAAGAACGUGGAUUGGACGCAGCAGCGGGAGAAGUGCUUCUGCGAGGAGUGGCGCGAGGACGACGAGGAGCUGGGCAUUCAAAUCGUCAAGGAUCUGCAUCGCACUGGCUCGAAUCUGUGCACCGGCCCCGCGGGCUCCAUUAACCAAGCCAAGCUGAAGCGCAUCCUGCUCGGCUACGCCCGCUACAACCCCGAGGUGGGCUAUUGCCAGGGCUUCAACAUGCUGGGAGCCCUCAUAUUGCAGGUGAUGGACAAGGAGGAGGAGGAGUCCAUGAAGGUCAUGAUCUACCUGGUGGAGGGCGUGCUGCCGACGGGCUACUUCUACGGCUCGAUGGGCGGCCUGCAGGCGGACAUGGGCGUCUUCCGGGAGCUGAUGCAGACGCGACUGCCACGCCUCGCGAAGCACCUGCAGCGCCUCCAGGGACCCGUGGAGAACGCCUUCGAGCCGCCGCUGACAAACGUCUUCACCAUGCAGUGGUUCCUCACCAUGUUCUGCACCUGCCUGCCCAUGUCCUGCGUCCUGCGCGUCUGGGAUCUGGUCCUCAUCGAGGGCAGCGACGUCCUCCUGCGCACCGCCCUCGUCCUCUGGAGUUUGCUGGAAGAACGUGUGCUUAGCGUCCGAUCUGCGGAUGAGUUCUAUGGCAAGAUGGGUUCCUACUCCAGCGAGCUCCUCAACGGUCAUCUGGUUGACUCCAAUGGACUGAUUGAGCGGGUGGUGAAGCUAGGACCCAUUGCGGAUUUGCGACAGCUGCGGGAUAAGCACCUCUACAACAUUGCCCCACUGCGUCACAAACAGGGAUUGCAACUCUACUAUGACGAGGAGGACACCCACUCAGAUGAGGAGCGCAUAGCGGUGGCCACCGUUUUUGGCUUGAAUUGGGGCAGACGUGGAUCUGUGGGACCGACGGCGGCGGCGGCGGGAAAGCAGCAAGUGGAGCAGAAGGACCGCCUGGCCUUGGAUAUUUCCCUGCUGAAGAAGCAGUAUGAUCGCCUGAGGGAGCGCCAGAAGCAGGCUCAUGUCAUCCUAACCACAGCUUGUUCCACGGCAGCGCGGCAGGGAUCAGGAGGUCCCUCUACCAACUCCCAGUCGGUGCCGGUGAAUCAGUUGCUACUCGGUCGCCCGGCCAUUGUGACCAACAAGGGCAAGCGGGUCAGUGCCCCCUUGGGCGCCAUUCCGCCCGCUCGGAAGCCCUCUCUCCCAGCGGUCCUUCAUACCAAGCCAGCUGCCGAGAAGCAGCUGCGCAGGGGAGAGACUCUGCUCUGGAGGGACACCGAUCCGAGCCAAAGGCGACGGGAUAGCCUGACCUGGAAGGAGAUCAAGGCAGAUCGGGCGGCCAUGAUGCGGGAGGGCAUUGAUUCGAGCUCCGUUAGGACCCAAAAGCUGCGCACGCGAUUCGGAAAGAGCGACAGCUCCUCGUACAGCGAGGACAGCGAUGGGGAGCAGGACACCGGAGUGGGAGGAGCAGCGGGAGGAGGAGGAUCUAGCACUGACACCAGCCUCUGCGACGAUGAUGAUCCCAAGUCCAUGGAGAAGAGUCCCAAGCACAAGGCGAAGCUAGCGCGCAAGCUCAAGGAGCAGAAGCAGCUGAGUUCCAGUUCCAGGGAGGCGAGUUUGGAGCGGCAGAGGCCCAAAUCCUGGGCUCCUGGCAGCCACGAGAUUCCCUUCAUGCUGAUGGGCACCGAUAGCGGGGAUGAGAAGGAGCCGGCGGUGAAGGAGGAUGCGGAAGAGGAAAGGGAAGACUUAGGGGAGGAUAGUGCCACUGAAAGCGGUCGUUUUGGCUUUGACAAGGAAUCGGAUUUGGUCAGCUAUAAGCUGGAGCCAUUGAAAAUUCCCAGCGAAACCGAGUUUCCAGUUAGUCCCAUAGCCACGCAAAGAGAAAAGAGCGAAGCUGAGGAAGAUUUGCUGGAGGAGCAAAAGCGCUUCGAUGUGAGCGAUAGCGGAGUCACGAAUCAGUAUUUCGAAAGGGUCAACAGCGUGGAGCGUCCCAAUCGACUGGAGCUAUCCUACUCGCUCAACGAAGAGGAGACGGAUACUAGUGCAAUUUACCUGGAGGAACGCGAGAAGGUGGAGGGGCAUAGCGGCGAUAGGGAAUACAAAUCGCUGCCCCCACUUUUCGCAAGGGAGGAGGAUGAUGAUAGUGUACAGGUGGCUGGCAAGGUGCCUCAGAUUCGGGACGAUAACAUUCCAGGUGAGAACAAGGAUGACUACAAAGAACUGCUGAGCAUGACGAUAGAGGAGAAUUCGGGCUUUAGACCACCUCCUCCCACAGCCAGCACUUUGAGUAAUGCCAGCCGAAAGCGAAGGGAUCCGCGACGCAAAACCCUGACCCGAUCAUCGACCAUUGAGAUCGAGGAACGAUAUCAGGCUCUGGAGCGAAGAAUCAGCCAGGAUCAGCCGAAUGUUGGGCACUCCAAGUACAUUCCCAGCACAGCUGCUCUGGAGGAGCGGUUCAAUACCCUGGAAAAGCAACUAAGUGCCGAAAAGCAGCGCAAGGAGAUGGUCGAAAUGGAGUCCGACUAUCCGAGUAAAUCCGAGCGAAUUCCCUCCACCGCCGAUCUCGAAACACGCUUCAAUUCCUUAACAAAGCAAUUGAGUUCCAGCGAAUCUAGUUCCAAAGCUCCGAUUGAUCUCAAGGACGAAGAGCCCCCAAGUGGCAGCGGUUCCAAGGAGCAAAAGGAUAGUGAAAAAACCAGCAAGCUGCACAAAUCCGAGGAGCUCCAAUCGGAUACAAAAGAAACUACAGAAAAAACCGAAACCAGCGAUACCAAAGAAAAAGUGAGCGAAGAAAAGGGCACCGAGCAGCCUCGCCUUAAAAAGCUUCCAUCAACCGCCGAGCUGGAAGAUCGUUUCAAUGCCCUGGAACGCAAAAUGAGCGUACAGAAGAGCAGCCCAUCCAAAACCAAGAAAGAGCCACCCGAUGAAGAAGAAACUAAAGCCACUGAAGAACCAGAAGAGUCCGACAAGCUGAAGCAGAAGACAAAGGAGAGUCCUUCAACUACUCCUUCAGAGGAUCCCAAAGACGCUGAUAAGAGAAAACCAGAAACAAAAAAGAUCCCAGAAUCACCCACAAAAAACCAAGAUCAGAAAGUUAAGGCUGAGUCGCCAAAACUUGAAGAAAAAUCUAUAAAAGCCAAAACCAAGAAAUCUGAAACUUCUCCAAUUAGUAAAGAAGAUAAACAAUCUGAUUCAGAAAAGGUUGAGCCUAUAAAGAAAGAGGCUGCUGCAAGUGCAGAAGCUCUCAAGAAGCCCGAUUCUGAAGCUGGCGAAGCAAAUAAGAAAGAAACUGAUGUGACCACAAAAAAAAUUGAUGCCGAAAAGGUAAAAGCCAUCGAGAAAACGGUUUCAGAAACUUCCAAGUCCGAUACAAAAUCUUGUCCUAAUGAAAAAUCAGCUUCUAGUGAACCAGAAUCUGCAAAAACUCCUCGAAAAUCUCCACCCUCCACAGAGGAACUGGAAAAACGAUUCAAUGCCUUGGAAAAACAGAUGAGCACUACCAACUUAGAAACACCCAAAGAGGCUGAGCAAACAAAGUCAUCGGCUGAGAAUCAAACAUCAAAAGAAAAUGAAAAGGCACAAAAAUCUAUGAAAUCUUUUGAUGAUAAGAUUAAACAAGUUAAUACCGCAAUAGCAGAAGAGCAGAAGAAAGUUAAGCAGGAAGAUCCGGCUGAGAAGAAGCGUAAAAACCUUGAAGAAAGUGAAGCCCCUAAAGAGAAAGAAGAAAAGUCAGAGCUUUCAGAAGAGGGCGGGCAAAAGGUGAAGAGCCAGAGAAGAGCUUCCGAACCACCAUCCACGGAAGAUUUAGAAAAGCGCUACGAAACCUUAAAGCGUCGCAUGAGCAGCAAAAAUCAUUUUGGCGCAACAAACGAAACAGUUGAUGAAGCUCUCGAGAGGAUCCAACAGGAGGUGAUUUCAGAGGCAGUGGAGGAGAAGAAGCCGCCACCGUCGACUGAGGAUCUGGAGAGUCGCUUUGAGGCACUGCAUGGUAAGAAGGAGGAGGCCUCUUCGACAACCACACAACCCAAGCACGUAGACGUGGCCAUCGAGGCGCAUAUUCCAAGUCCACCACCACCGCCUCCACCACCGAAAGAACGUCCCAUUCUGGCCGAACCCGUUCUUCACCAGCAACAGGCUCUGAUCGAGGAGCUGCAGAGCAAGAUGCGUGGCCAAUCACCCGGCGAGGAGAACCUCAAGCCCAGCGAGAUAAAUCCACAGAGGAGACAGCAGCAGCAGCAGAGGAGGAAUCCCCUCCAACGACCCGCGCCCAUGGGCGAUGAGACCUCGGAAGCACCUGCAAACACGGCUUACUACAGAGCGGCAAACCAUGAUCAAUGGCAACAGCGCAUGGUGCGUCGGUUCUCGGAUUUACCCUCCCGGGCCGAUCUGGAGAACCGGCUGCAGUUCCUGGAGAGGCAACUCUACAAGAAGUUCUACAAGCAGCGCUGUGCAAGUGAUUCCGAAGUUGCAUCGAAGGUCAAGCUCCCGCCGCCGGAUGACCAGCCGAGCACCUCCCGCCAGGCCAGAGUCCUGGAGGCCGAGGGACAACUGGAGCAGCGUGUCCUGGCGCUGGAGAAGCAGCUGAGCGAGAACAGUCUCAAGCUGCUGGAGGCGAUGAGGGAGCGUCAGAGGUCGGGAGGAGCUAGUGACAGUGGAUCUCCUCGGCGGCUCAGCACGGAGACAAUCGACGCCACUUGCAAGGAGCUGGUCAGAUACUCGCAGAACAUUGGUGAGCUGGAGGAGGUGGAUGCCCACAAGCCCAUUAACAUAAGCAUCAACAUCAAAAUGAUGGUCAACAAGGAUAGUGGUGAAUCCAAGCAACCGAAAGGUGAGUCCAAGCCCACGACAGAGGAUCUCACCCGUCGCCUGGAGCAAUUGGAGCAGCAAUUGUUGGAGGAGCGGGCCAAGAAUGGCUCAAUACCAACCGAAAAUGAAGUAAUCGAACAAAUUCCAGAAAAGGCAGCUGAAAGUGACGACUGCAAGAAGCAAGAGAAAAACUGCCACAAUCAAAAUGUGAAAAGUGACGAAGCUGAGAAGUCGGAAGUGCCAGUUGAGGGGAAAAUUGAACCGGAAGCUGUGAAGGAAACCAAAACCCUGGAAAACGAGGAAAAGGCGCAGGCUCGAGCAAAAGAGGUGGUUACAGAAAAAGCCAGUAAAGAGGAAAAAGCUGUGGUGGAUGAAAAAUCUCCCAUUAAAGAUAAAUCAGAAGAUGAAAUUAAAAAGAAAUCAGUGACCACCAAAGUUGCUGUCGCCAAGGAAACAUCAACAAAAGAGAAACCUUCAGAGCCCGAGAAAGAAGCAUCCUCGAGCAAAGACCCUAAGCCCAAGGAAGCUCCUUCUCAAGAAGAAACCACCAAAAAGGAAAGUGAAAAGCCUAAAAAUGAGGCAUCACUCUCCACAAGCAAACCAGAAAAUCCGAAAACUGAAACCAACAAAUCAAAGGAAGCACCGGUCACCGCCAGCAAAGAAUCAACCAAACAACUGCCAGAGAAAAAAGAAACAAGCAAAGACUCGGCUUCCAAAGAACUGCCCGAGAAAAUGGUGAUCAAUGCCACCGAAGUGGGACCCAUGGAUUCCAACAGCAAAACAGUUGUACUGCUAAUGGACAACGAACCCAGAGCCUCGAAGGUUAGGAGAUUGACCAGAGCCAACACCGAAGAACUGGAAGAUCUUUUCCAGGCCCUAGAGAAACAACUCAACGAUCGGAAUCUCGUCAAAUCAGAAGAUGGUCGCCUGAUACGAGUAGAUAGCAAGCCAAGUGCCGAGCAAGUGGAGCAGGCCCAGGCCAUUUGUGAUCUCACCAAGGAAAUCGAGGAUUUCACCACCGCCAAGCCGGAGGAGAAAGAGAAGCCGAAGAAGGCGGAAAAGGUGGACAAACCAGAGCCAGAAGAACCAGAGGACUACGACUGGGGACCAAACACCGUCAAGCAUCACCUGAAACGCAAAACCGUUUACCUGCCCUCCACCAAAGAGUUGGAAUCUCGCUUCCGCUCCUUGGAACGUCAAAUAAAACUGCUCGAGGAUGUGGAGAAGAUUGAUGUGGAGCAGCGUUUGAAUGAAAUUGAAAGGAAAAUUAAACUGCAAUACUCGCUUUCCCACGAAAAGGAUUUAAACAAGUACUUGGAGCUGUGUGAGGGUAAGGGUCUGGAUGACGAGGAACCAUUGCCCUUGGAAACCCCCACAAAGGCGGAGGAAACUGCAACGGUAAGGGAUCGAUCACGCAGUCCUGGACGCAAGGUGGCCACCAAAUCUCCGUAUACUUCUCCCACGCGAAAGGCAGCUACCAAAUCUCCCUACACCUCUCCUUCCCGAAAGGCAGCCAAAUCACCUUAUACUUCGCCCUCCCGACAUCGCCAGCGAUCGCCUUCUCCCACACGCUCGCCGGAAAGGAAGUCCAAGCGGAGUCCCUACACUUCACCAGCCCGCCGCAAGCCACAUCCUAACGAUCUUCCCAUCUCCGACGAUCUGGAGUACAAGUAUAGGGUACUCGAUCUGGUAAGAUCCAAAUCCAAGGAGAACUUGGCCAAGCGAAUGCACGAUCCCAACCGAAAGCCGGCCAUACAUCCACUCGAAAUGAUUCUAAGCCCCAGUCCGGAUGACAGUGCAAUACCCACAACAGGGGAACUGGAGCACCGGAUACGACUGCUGGAUGAAAAACUCAGGUCGCCAGCCAAAACCCGAUCCAAGUCUCGCUCCCGAUCGCCCACCAUCGAUGACAUGAAACGCCAGAAGAUGCGGGAUGAGCAAAAGCCACGGACACCGGUCCACAAUCUGGAGAGAAUAGUCAGUUCUCCUGGCCGACCAGAGCCACCCACUGCCGACGAGCUCGAGGAGCGCAUACGCAUUCUCGAGCAGGAUCACAAGUUUGACUUCAAGACCCAGAAGGACUACAAGGCAUUCAAUCAAAAGCUCAAGGACGUCAUCUCACCCUCGCUUUCCUUUGAGGAAUUCCGGGCGGCCAAGUCCCGGGAGCAAAGCCCCCGCCGCCAUGGCGCCACAACGCCCAAGUCUGCCCUCCGUCGUGACGAUUUCGAUGAGACGCACGCUAGCGGUGCCACCACCCACUACCGGCCCACCAGCCCCAAGGUCAUACGGUUCCGGGACGAAGACGAGGACGAGGACCAGUUCGAGGAGGCGCCCAGGUCGAAGUCGCGCCACAACAGCGAUCGAAUGAAGACUCUUGCAGAUCAGCCAUCGGCCAUUCGCAGCUACGCCAGCAGCUCGGAGGGUCUGGAUGCCCUGGGUAGUCGUCUAAUGAGGGAAACCUCCCCGAUUACCAGAACCGGAACCCAUACGGGCGUACCUCUGCGAACGGGGGAGAACAUCAACGACCGCCUCAGUUCGAUCAAGAACUCCAUCAAAUCGAUCGACACCCUGUGCGAGGAGAAGCCCUACCAGAAGGAGAAGUGCCAGCGGUACAUCGACUCACUCUUCUCGGACUCGCUGCACUUUGCCAGCAAGAAGAGUUCUCUGGAGGAUCUCAGUCUCAGCCGCAGUCUGAGUCGCAGUGAGAGCAGAGGCAGGAGUAUUCACAGAUCAGGGGACUAUGCUCCCUCAAUAAGAAUCACCUCGGAGCAUCGAUCGCUGGGCUCAGCGGAGUCGCGAAGGAGUCCGCUGGGCGAUCGGGAUACCAGUCCCCUGCACCAUCGAUCGCACAGGGAGGUCAGCCGGGAGCUGUCCCCGCGGCGAAGGCGUCUGCUGGAGGAGGAGGAUGAGGAGCGUAAGGAUCGGGAGAGCAGUAGGGUAAGACGUGAUAACUUGUUGCCAAAUUAUUUUGCUGAUAAUCGUAGCGAACUAAGUAGCGGGAGUAGUUUAACCGGGUUUAACCACAAAGUAGAUAGACAACUAGAAGAGACGUGCGCCAAGUAUGCGGACGAUGCCAGACGCUCGGCCUGUCGCACACCGUUGAGCCACCCGUACGAGUCCCGCACCACAGCCACACGCCACAGCCACACAGAUCCAGUCCAGAUCCAAGCCAGCACAACGGGAGCAGCCAGUGCAACCGAUAGUUUCCCCCGGCCCGUGUCGCCCUAUCGCCAGCCGUACGAUCCCUACCAUCGGUCCCCCGUUGGCGCAGGGGGCGGCACACCCCUUUAUCAGCCCGGCAAGCUGGAGAUUCGCCACACCACCGUAACCUCGACCUUCUAUGAUCGCUUCCUGACCGAGAAGCAGAUCGAGCGGCAGACCCACUCCCGUCCGCCCAGCCGCUCGCCAGUGGUUUCGCCCUCGGUGCCGGCCAAGAGCUACGGGGACUUGUGCAGCACCACUUCAGCCACAUCCAGCAGCACCACCACCAUUGCUUCUAGCACCUCCUCCUCAUUCAUGUCCAGCAGCUAUGCGGGCGCCUCCUUUUCGCUGCCCUCGAGCAGCAACUACUCCUAUUUGAACCCGGGUGCUUCGGGUGUCUCCUCCACAUCGCCAAGGGCCAGUUGCUCAGAUCUUCGCUCCACCACCACCACUACCGCCGCAUCCCUUACCACCGCCACCACAACAACAACAACCACCUCUUCUUAUGUGCCCUACAAUUUCAGCAGCUCCUUCACUUCUCGCUUGAGCGAUCCCAUUACCACUUGCUCUGCGAGUACCGUGAGCACUAGUUCCCUCACUCAUUCCACGGGUGUCUACAAUCCCAUGAUGUCGUUCACACUGAGGGAACCACUUACCGGCAGUUCCCUGGGUGGUUCAAGUGCCUCUCCAUUGCUACCGUUUCAGUUUAAUCGAACUUUUACUUCCAACUUCGACAAGGAGCAGAACAAACAGUAGAGAUUCACAUCAAUCGUUAACCGAAGGUUGUCCAUUAACAUUUUAAAGCCCCUGAAAAACUUUUUCCCAAAGAAAUACUAUACAGUACUCGAAAUAAAGCUCAAAACUUAUUAUACUGAGAAAAAAAUCAGUCUAAGAACAACAUUACUUUUCAAAUAUAUUUCAUAAACAAAAUUAAAGUCUAUUUAUUAGAAUUGUAAGCCUCGAAUGGUAAUUUUAGUUUAUGAAAAUUACGUUCUUCGUAUUUUUAAAGAGUCAAAGAUCUAAAGCAUUGUCCCUUGAGUUUCGUAA